AUGUGGAAUUUGAUGAUCUCGAAUGGGAUAAACGAGAGUGGGUUAAAGUUUAUGAAGAUUUUUCAACUUUCUUGGUGGAGUACCACUUAAUUUGGGCCAAAAGGAAUGACCCUAGCCAGACUCAGGGAUCAAAAAGCAGACAAAUUCAGUGGCCUGCACUGAGUUUUAAACCACUGGUUGAAGAAAGUUCCCCCAGCCCAGUCACGGCGGUGGAGUUCCUUGUUGACAAGCAGCUGGGCUUUGUAACAGAAGACAGUGCCUUUCAGCCCUACCAGGACGACAUAGACAGCCUAAACCCCGUUCUCAGGGACAAUCCGCAACUUCAGGAGGAAGUGAAAGUCUGGGUAAAGGAACAAAAGGUUCAGGAGAUUUUUAUGCAAGGUCCUUACUCUUUAAAUGGCUAUAGAGUGAGAGUAUACAGACAGGACUCUGCCACCCAGUGGUUUACUGGUAUAAUCACUCAUCAUGAUCUCUUCACUCGCACCAUGAUCGUGAUGAAUGAUCAGGUACUAGAACCACAGAAUGUCGAUCCUUCUAUGGUUCAAAUGACCUUUCUAGAUGAUGUUGUUCACUCUUUGUUAAAAGGUGAAAAUAUUGGCAUCACAUCACGACGCAGGUCUCGUGCCAAUCAAAAUAUCAACACUGUUCACGGUCAUUAUACACGUGCUCAAGCAAAUAGCCCCAGACCAGCGAUGAAUCAAGCUGCUGUACCAAAACAGAGCGCACACCAGCAGCAGCAGCAGCAGCAGCAGCAGCAGCAGCAGCAGCAGCAGCAGCCGCAGCACCAGCACAGAAACGCCCGUGCAAGCAAGAGGAAGGGUUCGGACAGCAGCGCCCCCGGUGAAGAGAAGAUGGAGGGGGAGAAGUAUGACUGUGUGUCACGAGGAGAAAAUCCUAAAGGUAAAAACAAACACUUGAUCCAUAAAAGAAGGAAACCUGAGGAGGAUGAAAAGAAGCUUCAUAUGAAAAGAUUGCGGACUGAUAAUGUCUCUGAUUUUUCUGAGAGCAGUGACUCAGAAAAUUCAAGUAAAAGAAUACUUGAUAAUUCCUCAGAUCAAAUGCCAGAGUAUGAGGUGAAAAAUAAAAAUGUUUCAAAGAUAAAUGGAGAAGAAGGCAAAUCCCAGCUCAUUGAGGAGGUAGGAGAGGAGACCUUAGUAGAUCCUCAGCCUCCCUGGGAUCAAACACGAGAAGAUAGAAAGUGUGAAGAAGGAGACACCUGCCUUCAGGAAAAAAUGACUCUGCCUUCAUCUGAACAGGCCUCAGUUGCUGAUAAUGACCCUAAUGAUGGAGUCCUUCAAGAGUGCAGUGUGGAGAACACACAUACAGCGGAAUUACUACCAAAGGAGAAGUUUAUGUCCAGGCCACCCACACCAAAAUGUGUUAUUGAUAUUACAAGUGACACUAAUUCAGAAAGGGCGGCUCCAGAAAACUCAAGUACCUUUGCUCUCCAGACACUUGAGAAAGUGGAUCCUAAUGCUAGUGAUUCCAAGCAUUCGGUUUCAAGUGGCAGAUACUUAGAAACAGCCCAGCAAGACUCUGACCAGGGCCGGGUCAGUGAUCUAGUUGAAGUGGAUUUAACCCAGUUGGGAAAUGAUCGCCUCGAUAGGGAGAAAGAGAGAGACCGCUGUGUCUCAUACAUGUCUUCUGUCACUGCAGUUUCUGUCUCAGAGGAUGUGACGCAAAAGCGAAGUCCCCCCCCAGAGACUCUGAAAUGUAAGCUGAAUACGUCAGCAGAUGCUCAUAAAACAAAAUCUGCUUCCUCACCUGAAGGUGGUAAGCCUAAAGUCACCCACUCUCCUGACUCCAUAAAGUCAAAGGCUGCUUACACAAACAGUCAAGCUCCCAGUGAAAGAAGACUGGCAAACAAGAUAGAUCAUGAGUUAUCAAGAUGUACUUUUCAUCCAGUCCCUACUCGAGGUGGUAGUGCCUUGGAAACUACAAAGAGCCCUCUUAUCAUUGAUAAGAAUGAGCACUUCACAGUUUAUAGGGAUCCUGCACUCAUUGGGUCAGAAGCAGGAGCUAAUCACCUGUCACCUUUCUUGAGCCAGCAUCCAUUCCCUCUUCACUCCUCAUCCCAUAGAGCCUGUUUGAACCCAGGCACCCAUCACCCCGCCUUAACUCCUGCCCCCCACUUAUUGGCUGGUUCAUCUGGUCAGACUCCAUUGCCUAGUAUCAGUACUCACCCUCUCACUAGUGGUCCGCACCAUUCUGUCCAUCAUCCCCAUUUACUUCCCACUGUCUUACCUGGAGUGCCUACCGCCUCCUUACUUGGGGGCCACCCGCGCCUGGAGAGUGCCCAUGCCAGCAGCUUGAGCCACUUAGCCCUAGCACACCAGCAGCAGCUACUGCAGCACCAGUCACCCCAUCUUCUUGGACAAGCCCAUCCUUCUGCUUCAUAUAAUCAGCUUGGACUUUAUCCAAUUAUUUGGCAAUAUCCAAAUGGAACACACGCAUACUCAGGCCUUGGUCUGCCUUCUUCUAAGUGGGUUCACCCAGAAAAUGCGGUCAGUGCAGAGGCUUCAUUAAGGAGGAACUCUCCCAGUCCUUGGUUACAUCAGCCCACUCCUGUGACCUCAGCAGAUAGUAUGGGACUGCUUAGUCACAUUCCCGUCAGACCUUCCAGUGCAGAGCCUCAUCGACCUCACAAGGUCGCAGCCCAUUCCAGCCCUCCAGUGACACAGACCGCAGUAGACCACCACAAAGAAGAAGCUGAGAGGAAAGCUUUCACUGAACCGGUGCGCUCUGCUGCGUCCACGUCAACAAAAAGUGACCUAGGUCUUCACAGGUCACAGACUGGAAAAGAUUGUCAUCUACACAGGCAUUUUUUGGACCCAACCUUAAAUCAGUUGCCAAGGCCACUGCAGGAGACAGGAGAGAGGUUAAACAAAUACAAGGAGGAACAUCGUCGGAUUCUUCAAGAAAGUAUUGAUGUUGCUCCCUUUACAACUAAAAUCAAGGGUCUUGAGUGCGAGAGAGAGAAUUACUCCAGAGCAGUAGCGUUGUCAUCGAGUCCUAAAAGCCAUGCCAUCAAACAAGAUAAAGAUGUGGAACGCUCAGUGUCAGAGCUGUAUAAAAUGAAGCACUCGGUGCCUCAGAGUUUGCCCCAGAGUAACUACUUCACAACGCUGUCCAAUAGUGUGGUUAACGAGCCACCAAGGUCAUACCCAUCCAAAGAGGCUUCCAGUGUUUACACUGACAAGCAGAGCAACAGUCUUUGUGCAGCAGCUGACCCUCAACCUCUGACUCCGUUUACACCGUCGCUUUCAAAGCCCCCACCUUUGAUUAAACACCAGCCAGAAAGCGAAGGGCUAGUGGGCAAGAUGCCAGAGCACCCUCCCCAUUUGCCUGCACCCCACUCAGCCACGGCCUUCAGAAGUGACUGCAGGAGUCCUACCCACAUGACGGUGUCUUCUACCAACACGCUCCGCAGCAUGCCCGCUUUGCACAGAGCACCAGUGUUCCACCCUCCAAUCCACCACAGCUCAGAGAGGAAGGAAAGCAGCUACAGCAGCCUCUCCCCUCCGACGUUGACCCCAGUGAUGCCAGUGAGUGCUGGCGGGAAAGCUCUAGAGUCUCAGAAGCCCCCGACUCUGAUUCCCGAACCAAAAGAUUCUCAGGCAGGUUUUAAGACUUCUUCGGAACAGAGUCUGGCAGCAAUGUGGAGAUCCAAUAAUAGCCUCAGCAAAGAGAAGGCUGAGUGGCAUGCGGAGAAAAGCAGUGGAAAGGCGCAGGCUGCUGUGGCAUCUGUCAUUGUGCGUCCCCCAUCUAGUGCAAAAACGGAUGGUGUGUCAGCUAUGCCAGUAGCUUCCAAAGAUCGAGUUUGUCAAAGAUCUUCAACUGGGACAAGUAAAACAGAUUACCUCAAACCAGGGGAAGCUGGAGAGACUGGAAGGAUCAUUCUGCCAAAUGUGCAUUUGGACAGUGCUCAUGUGAAAUCUGAGGCAAGCGUUGAAGCUCUCCCUCAGGGAAGUGCCCCCAUUCCUGUCACGUCUGCUGUGAGUGCAGCUUGUACUUCGAAGACCGAGGAGCUGGCCUCUGCUGCCUUGAGCACCAGCGUGUCCCGCCGUGCCAGCUCAGAAGCAGAGCACUCUUUACCUCGCGCCGCUGUGCCCUUGGCCUCUUCAGAGUGCUCUUCUACAGAGAGCCAUCGUCAGUCAGUGGCUGAAUCCCAGGAAUGCAAGCUCCACACCACAGUUCCAGGUACUCUAGCCUGGAGUAAGGCAAGAAGUGCUCUGCAGCCCAGCUCCGGCUCCCCAGGCACAACAGAGUUUGUCCAUCUAAAAAAGCACAAGGCAGCAUUGGCUGCAGCUCAGUAUAAAAGUAGCAAUGUCAGUGAGACUGAACUGAAUGCUGUGAAGAGUCAGACAGCUGCAGUCUCUCUUCCUCUGGAUAGCACUGUGCUCUGUAGUACAAAUAACAAAGCAAACUCUGUAGGAAACGGGCAAGUCUCCCAGUCAAGUCAGCCAAACUACCACACUAAACUGAAAAAGGCCUGGCUCACCAGACACUCAGAGGAAGAUAAAAAUACUAGUAAGGUAGAAACUCCAGGAAAUUCGGUAUCAGAAAUGAUUAAGCCAUGUUCUGUCAACUUAAUAGCCUCUACAUCUAACGACAUACAAAAUAGCAUAGACAGUAAAAUCACAGCUGAUAAAUAUGUAAGAGAUGAUAUCAUCAGUAGGAGAAAAACCAAGAGAACUUAUGAAUCUGAAAGUGGAGACUCAGAUGAAAGUGAAGGCAAGUCAGAGCAAAGGACUAAAAGGCAACCUAAGCCAACCUACAAAAAGAAGCAGAAUGACUUGCAGAAGAGAAAAGGGGAAGUGGAAGAAGAUUUGAAACCCAAUGGCGUACUCAGCAGGAGUGCCAAGGACAAAAGCAAGCUGAAGUUGCAGGCCAGCACUAGUGCUGGUGUCCCUCGGUCGGUGUUAAAAGACUGGCGAAAAGUCAAGAAGCUGAAGCAAACCGGAGAGUCCUUCUUACAGGAUGACUCCUGCUGUGAGAUCGGGCCCAAUUUACAGAAGUGCCGCGAGUGUAGACUUGUCCGCAGUAAGAAGGGAGAGGAGCCAGCUCACUCACCAGUGUUCUGUAGAUUUUAUUAUUUCAGGCGAUUGUCAUUUAGUAAAAAUGGAGUGGUUAGGAUAGAUGGUUUCUCUUCUCCUGACCAAUACGAUGAUGAAGCCGUGAGCUUAUGGACACAUGAAAAUCACGAAGAUGAUGAGCUAGACGUAGAAACCUCUAAAUAUAUCUUGGAUAUAAUAGGUGAUAAGUUCUGUCAAUUAGUAACAUCUGAAAAGACAGCUUUGUCCUGGGUGAAAAAGGAUGCCAAAAUUGCCUGGAAAAGAGCAGUACGAGGAGUGCGGGAGAUGUGUGACGCAUGUGAGGCGACGCUGUUCAACAUUCACUGGGUCUGCCAGAAGUGUGGAUUUGUGGUUUGUCUGGACUGCUACAAGGCCAAAGAGAGGAAGAGCUCUAGAGAUAAAGAAUUGUACGCUUGGAUGAAGUGUGUGAAAGGACAGCCUCAUGAUCACAAGCAUUUAAUGCCAACUCAAAUCAUACCUGGUUCUGUGUUGACAGAUCUUCUAGAUGCCAUGCACAUUCUGAGAGAAAAAUACGGUAUUCAAUCUCAUUGCCACUGUGCCAACAAACCGAAUUUACAGCCUGGGAAUUUUCCAAUGAUGAAUGGUGUGUCUCAGGCUUUACAGAAUGUUCUGAACCACGGUAAUAAGGUUUCUUUGUGCAUGCCUGAGACCCAGCCGCCGCACAGCCCUCAGAGGCCUGAGAGUGACGGCAGCUGCAGCCCUGGCAGUGAUGGGAGGACAGACAGCAAGCUGACGCCUCCAGAAUCCCAGUCACCACUGCACUGGUUAGCAGACCUUGCAGAGCAAAAAUCCAGAGAGGAAAAGAAAGAAAACACAGAAUCUGCUCUUGAAAAGGAAGUGAAAGAAGAGGGAGAAGAUGAGGAUUCUGAUUCACAGAAUGGCAGGGCAUCACCUCCAGUGUCCCAGAGUAACGAACAGGGCUCUACCCUGCGGGACUUACUGACCACCACCGCCGGGAAGCUGCGCGUGGGCUCUACCGACGCGGGCAUUGCCUUCGCACCAGUGUAUUCAAUGGGUGCCCCAAGUAGCAAAAGUGGACGGACUAUGCCUAAUAUUCUUGAUGACAUCAUUGCUUCAGUUGUUGAAAACAAAAUUCCACCAAACAAAACUCCCAAGAUUAAUUCAAAGUCAGAACUUACUGAAGAGCUGAAAGAAAACAGGACACCUGCAGUGAGUGACAGCAGCAAGCUUUUCAGUGACAUUCCACAUUCCUGGGUCUGUGAGCAGCACGUGCUUUGGCUCAAGGAUUACAAGAAUAGUAAUAACUGGAAGCUUUUCAAAGAGUGUUGGAAACAGGGCCAGCCUGCAGUAGUUUCUGGUGUGCAUAAGAAAAUGAACAUUAGCUUGUGGAAGGCGGAGUCUAUAAGUCUGGAUUUUGGAGACCACCAAGCUGAUCUGCUGAACUGCAAGGACAGCAUUGUUUCAAGUGCCAAUGUUAAAGAAUUCUGGGAUGGCUUUGAAGAAGUUUCAAAGCGGCAGAAAACGAAGGGUGGAGAAGCAGUGGUAUUAAAGCUGAAGGACUGCCCUUCAGGAGAGGACUUCAAGACCAUGAUGCCCGCAAGGUAUGAAGAUCUGUUAAGAAGUCUGCCCUUGCCUGAGUAUUGUAACCCUGAAGGAAAGUUCAAUUUAGCUUCUCACUUGCCAGGAUUCUUUGUGCGUCCCGAUCUAGGACCCAGGCUGUGUAGUGCCUAUGGUGUGGCAGCUGCUAAAGACCACGAUGUGGGAACAACAAACCUGCACAUUGAGGUGUCUGACGUGGUGAGCACCCUCGUCUAUGUCGGCGUAGCAAGAGGAACCGGCGUCCUUUCCAAAGCGGGAGUACUAAAGAAAUUUGAAGAAGAAGAUUUGGAUGACAUUUUAAGGAAAAGAUUAAAGGACUCAAGUGAAGUUCCUGGUGCUCUGUGGCAUAUUUAUGCUGGAAAAGAUGUGGACAAAAUAAGGGAGUUUCUUCAAAAGAUUUCAAAAGAGCAAGGCCUUGAAGUUCUACCAGAACAUGACCCAAUCCGGGACCAAAGCUGGUAUGUGACUAAAAAGCUCCGCCAGCGGCUGCUCGACGAGUAUGGUGUGAGGACCUGCACUCUGGUUCAGUUCCUCGGGGAUGCUGUCGUCCUGCCUGCAGGGGCGCUGCACCAGGUACAGAAUUUUCACAGCUGUAUUCAGGUAACCGAAGACUUUGUGUCUCCAGAACAUCUUGUGCAGUCUUUUCAUUUAACACAGGAACUGAGACUCUUGAAGGAAGAAAUCAAUUAUGAUGAUAAACUACAGGUUAAGAAUAUCUUGUAUCAUGCAGUCAAAGAAGUGGUGAGAACUUUGAAGAUGCAUGAAGAUGAAGUUGAGGAUAUGGAAGAAAAUUAAGUGGGGUACAGCUGGAUGUUUGGGGGACUAGACCUGAGACUCCCCCUGAAUGAUGAUGGGUAUGCGUGAUAGGUAUGCACUCUGACAAGCUUCAGAAAACCAUCAGUGCCAAGAAGUCCUCCCUGUAGUCAUGACUUGUUACUGACACCACAGCAGUAUGGCAUACGUCACAGCUCCUGUGAUUGACACGCUCAACUUACAAACAGCACUCCAUGGCUGUUUCUGUAUUAUAGUGUAUAUGACGUUUGUGAAAAUGCCAGAUUUAAAAUGAUGUAUUUAUUUUUGGUAAAAAACAAAAACAAAAACAAAAAUCUCUAUGCUAUAUUGUUGAUGAAGUGUAAAUGUGCCUGUACAGCUGAAUAAAGUAACUGACAUUCUUCACUACAUGGAGACGGCCACUGUGAGAGCAGACACCAUUGUUGAUCAAGUGUAAAUGUGCCGGUACAGCUGAAUAAAGUAACUGAUAUCUUCACUACACGGAGACGGCCGCUGUGAGAGCAGACACACCCGCUGCGCUUCACUGCGCCUGCAGAGCGCGGAGUCGCACGGCGCUCACGUCACAUCAGAAAUUACUGCCAAAUAAAUGUAAAGUUGUAAGAUACAAAGUAUAUAAAGUAGACGCUAAACAGACUCUUCAAUAUUUUGUUGAAGCUAUUGACUGUACAAUUAAACAUUUUCAAAAGGUGUAAUUUAUUUAAAAUUGUCUCAUUUUGGUAAAAUUUAUGUGAAGUUUUAAAGCUAAAUAUUAAACUUAAUAUGCUAUGUAAAUAUAUACAUAUAUACAUUUAAUGAUGUAUUUUUUUAAAACAUUGGCUUGCUUUUGUUAAAGUGCAAGUGUUACAUAUGGCUUUGUACAUUAAAGUUGAAAGGGAUUUUACAUUUUCCAUUAAAAAACACUUUUAUCAAGAA